AGAAAAUCCUAUUUUGUUAAAUGCGUUGAACAACACCAAUUUCUUUUAAGGUUUGUCAAGAAGACGAAUAAAAUAUUUAAUAUAGCUUUCGUGAUUCAAUUUAGCGCGAGCAUAGUAUGCAUUUGCAUAGCAAACAUGAUGCUAGUGCAAUCAACUGGGAAUCAGUUGUACACGCCAUUCGUAUUCAUGGUGUCUUAUCUGAACGAAUUGCUAAUUUAUUGCUUUACCAGCAACAUGUUAAGUUAUGAGGCGGAAUUGUUGCCAGAGUUUAUUUACCGAUCGAACUGGAAAAGUUUAGAAAAUAAAGAAACGAGAAGAGAUGUCAUGUUUCUUUUAAUGCACUCUCAAAGGCCACUCCAAAUGACGGUUAUGAGCCUUUACGAAGUAAAUAUGACGUCUUAUUUAAAGAUAAUAAGACUUUCGUUUUCAUUUUACACAUUUUUAACCACUGUUAUAAGCAAGUAGACAGCUCUUUAUGUAUGGAAAACCCAGAUGAAAUUGUUGUUU